GGCGCCCGCCGUUGAAGCGGAAUUUUCAUCAAAGGAGUAGGGCUGAAGUUAAGGUGGUAGGUAGAGAUGGGAGAUCAAGAGGAGAGAUUGGUGGUUCAACAGUCGCAGGCGCACCGGGAGGAACGAGGACCGCCGGGAGCAGAAGUUCAAAUGUCAGACGAAGAUCGGAUCAGAAUACUUAUAGCCAAAUGCUACGAGGAUGGAGUGUUCCCAAAGAGAAUGAGACAUGGGGAAUUUGUGAUAGAGAACGGCACCCGUGUUUUCAAGAUCAACCCGCAAAUCGACCGUCUCACCACGGCCUGGUUGAAAGAGCGUACAGCUACGGUUAUUUUCCACGGAGCUGCACGAGAUCUACCGAUGAGGACAGAGUCGAGUACAAAAUGCUAUUCAAACCCCGGAUGACGAGGGUGGAGUUGGACAAGCGAAGAAGACAGGAGGAGGAAACAAAGUUUUGGGUGAUAGCACUCCGAGUUCCUCUGCCUGCAGUGUUUCAUGUUCCGGACCUGGUCCGACAAGCAAUGGGAGCAAUCAUUUUGCAGCACCCGCUGGAGCCAGAUGCGGCUAGACCAAAGUUAAUGCAGCUGAAGUUUGAAUUGGUGAGAGAAGUUGAGGAGAGGUUUGAACCCACUUUAGUUAUGAAGCUAGAGGAUGGGGAGCUGUACAAUGUGGAAUUUGUAUGUAAGAACACUCCAUGGUGCAACGGAUGCCGAUGGUGGUAUCAUACGGAAACUGACGGGUGCCCGAGGGCAGAGGAAGAGGACGGGAAGGAGGGGUAUGGGCGAACAGGUGGAGGCGAUCGGAAUCGCAACCGAAGAUGGAACCAAGGCGAAAUCGUGUUUCAGAGGGGGAUAAGGGAUGUGACCAGGGAUGUUGCUACCCGUCGGGAAGAAGAAGGUGGUUCGAAUACGGAAGGAGGUAGAGGAGGGGACAACCGCCUCCGCCCAGCGGGCUCGACGACGCAGGGGAGCAACCCCAGCUGGGGGGCAAUCCUUAUGAUACCAGGCGCAGGGAAUGCAGGACUAGUGCUGGGACAGGUCGGAGCUCUGACCGUGCACCACCAUGUGAUGGAGGCGCGAGCAAUUAAAGAGGUGGUAGUUGACCGUCAGGGCCCCCACAACCAAGAAAGAGGACAAGCCAACUCCUCUCAACGCUCAAGCGGAGUAGCGGGGCUGGCCGGAGGUGCGGAAGUGGAAGGGGAAUAUAGGAUCCCAGAGGGCGUGGAAACACGAGGGGAGGAUCAUGAAUUUGAAGAAAAGUUCAUCCUUCCUCUGGUCUGCACCAUGUUGGGGCAGGAAGCCUUCGUCCUGGGGUUAAUACACAGGAACGGGAAAACCUUCCUGCCAUCAACCCCAAUUUGUGGGAUUCCUAGUCCAGACUUAGUGGAAGCGAGUGUAAAACAACUGUAUGCGGAUAGAUUCUGCUUCCGACAGUUUCAAGAAGUUCUGGUCCCUAAGAUCACAAUCGAUACACCGACGGGCAUGCGGAUCAAUUUUUUUAUUCCGUUGAUAGAUGCGCGCAUCCCCGUAGAGCAUUGGGCAGGGCUUCCUUCAGUGGGGUUAACAUGCAUACCGCUUCGAGUGCUGUUGGAGAAAAGCUUAGCGGAAUUGUCCAGUGUUUUGGUGGAACCAGGGGUGGCGGCGGAUUUCCUGAAGGCUCUGAAUGAGAAGAUGCCGAUGGACAAAAACUUGGAAGCAAGACUGGACUUCUUCCUUACGGCUGGCAUCUUCUCAGAGGGAGCUCAGGAUGUGGGGGAACAAAACGAGUCCAUGUCGGAUCAUAAACCGGUGAUCCUGGAGGCACAGGUGUCAGAGCAUAACAGGAGAGGGCCAGGGUACUUUAAACCAAACAUCCAGAACCUAGAGGACGAGGGCUGGCGAGAGUGGGGAGAGAAGUUUUGGAACGAUUGGCAGGCAGCGAAGGAAGAGUUUGCACAAUAUCAAGAGUGGUGGGAUGCGGGCUUGAGGAUUAUCUCAGCAAAGUUUGAGGUUUAUUCAAGGAUAGCAGCCUUCAGCAGAAACAAGGAGGAGGCGGACAGUCGCAGGAAGGUUGACGAGGAGGAAAGAAGAAUGGGGGAGCACCCCAUUUCCGAUUGGGUGUGGGCGGAGGAAAGGGCACAAAGGUUAAAUGAUUGGGAACAGAUGCAGGUCACCGUGGCGAAACAAGCAAGAUGGCAGGAAAUACUGAAAGAGAAAGGGAUCGUCAACAGCGACAUAAUGACUAGAGAGACAUUCCAAAGGCUGCUUUCCAGACAAAAGGUGGCGCAAAUGAAGGAAUUGCAACACCCCCACCUGCUGGGAAAGCCACGGGCAACCACCAACGAGGAUAUGUGUGAGUACACGACCGAUUACUUCAAGGAUAUUCUGACGACAAGGAAGACAUUCUGGAACUGGAAAACGGAUCUGACGGAAAGCUCCAACUUUUGGGACUCACUGGAGGUCCGGCUUCCAGACAGCGGAAGACUUCAACUAGACAGACCGGUGACGGAGGAAAAACUCAGGCAGACACUGAAAGCGAUGGCUAAAGGGAAGGCACCGGGGGACAACUGCCUACCGGUGGAGUUCUUCCAAGCCUGUCGGCCGACGCUAGAGGAGGACAUGGUUAACCUCUUCAACGGAAUCUUGACUGGAGGGACCUUGGGAAAAGCUAUGACGAAUGGGGUGAUUUCGUUGUUGAACGCCAGAAGAUUUCAAAGUCAGGGACUGACGAAAGCUGUGGCAGAAAAGAUGUUUAGAACACUACUGAAAACCGAAAUCAGAGCUGAUUGGAGGAGGAGAGUGACUCAGGGGGAUAGACUGGCAGGCUUGAACUGGUUUCAGGAAACCUGGGCGACGGCGGGAGCUCUGGCAGAAGUGAGGGAAGGCAAGCUGAGAACCUCACCGUGGUUGGACAGAGAAGCGGUGGAAGGAGGUGAGGCAACAUGGGGCUUGGUAGUACUGAGGGGAGACAGGUGCGUGAAAUCAACAAGGGAGAGGGGGUACUCAGGGGGUGCGGUGGAGGGGGAGGGAGUGGGGUCAGGUGGCGGGGGGCCCGAUGGAGGGGGAGGGGGUGGGGCAGAGAUGCUGAUGGGGGAGCUGAUGGGGGAGCGGACGGGCUCUUGGUUGUUCCUUCCAUGGCACCGCGCGUACCUCUACUUUCAUGAAUUGAUCUUGGGAUGGCUAAUCAACGACUUCUCGUUUACCAUUCCCUUCUGGAACUGGGAUCAUCCCGCCGAGCAGCAUCUUCCCAGGGAAUUCACAAUUGAAUCAUCUUCUCUGUACGAUCAAUGGCGCAAUAACAAUCUGUCAAACAUCGCAUCGAAGUUACGAGAUGGUUGUUCAACCACCCAAAUGCUGUUUGGCCCACAUGGGGCUGUGCACGUUUCUGUAGGUGUGCAGUUCUUCCCUUAUCAUGACAUGGGAGACCUUGGGACAGCAAGCAGAGAUCCUGUGUUUUAUGUGCACCACUCCAAUAUUGACAGGCUGUGGGAGGUCUGGCAGUCCCUCCCAACUGCCACAUCAGCACACCGAUUUAAUCCACAGAGCAAAGACUGGCUUGACUCGCAAUUCUUGUUCGUCGAUCACGAGCGGAAACUGGUGUCCAUCUAUGUGAAGGACGUUGCGAACAUGAAACGGGACCUCAGGUACACUUAUGAAGCAGUGGCUAUGCCAUGGAUGAACGGCCUAAGUAAACCAGCUGGAUCGCGUCCAUCAGUGAAUUCACCCCCACCUCCACCAUCGAGUCCACCUGUGCUGAGAGGGCGCCGACUGCGUUCCGGAACUUCAGGGUCCUUUUCACAGCCGAGCUCACUAUAUGCAGCAAUUUCAUCUGGGCAUUCGAUUUUUUCAGAGUCAAGCAUGGCAAAUCGGUCAAUAAAAAGUUGUGAUUCUGGUUCGAGUUGUCGCGGCCCAGAAUCGCGACAAUCACUGCCAUCUCCCCUGGAUGCAUCAUUACUCGCUGCUGGGAGUUCUCCAUUCUCGCCAACAUUAUCAUCAUCUCCCACUGCUCAAAAAGUAUCGACUAUGCAGGCCGGGUGUGUAGAACAUCCUUCUUCAUCCUUACCACAUUCCGAGGCCUCCGUCAAGUCAAACUUGACGCACCAACGCGCAGUUGGGCAUGCCAUAAUUGGAGGCGGCAAACUUUCUGCGCAAGAAAGGCAAGCGAAGAGAACUUCCAUUCUAUCUCCACCGCAACACAAGGACUCGUCAUCUCCUUCACAGCCACAAUCAGACCAUGCAUCAAACCAUUUCUCAGAUUCAGUAGAUUUGCAACUCACACAGCCCUUAUGGUCAUCCCAGCCUUCCGUCAGCUCAGGGCUUUCCUCAGUAGUUCCACCAUCUCCCAAUGUGGACUUCACUGAUUCAGCCGACCACCCUUCUCACUUCAGCGCAGAGUCGAUGGACUCGGUCAUCAAUUGUCCACCGCAUUGCAGCCGGAAACUCAUGCUCAUGAGGCAGUCAAUUGGCUACAUCGACAAUCACCAGCACGCCAGAAUUAACCGAAAACACGUGCAGAAGACAGAAAACGAUGCAAUACGAAGACAGUCUCCUCGAAGUUGGCAGAGCAGGAGAAUUUCUGGCGUGGAUGCUUCUCCUUCAGGACCUUCAGGAAAUGUCACCGCCACCCAAGGAGGUUUUCCAAUUGCCUUACAAAGUAAUGCUGGCUUGCCCACAAAGAUGAUGACGACACAUGGAUGGCCCGUUUUGGUGCAUCUGACGUGUCCCCCAAGGGACCCGGGAAUGGGGAAACGAUCGGUUGAAGUCCUUGCAUUGCAAAACCUAACAAUUGACAGAUCCAGUCCCGUUUGUUUUGCAAUUUUUGUGAACGUUACAGACACGGACGUUGACCUGUCAAGAUCUGAUGAAACCAAUCCGUCCUACGUUGGCACCUUGUACUUUCCACCAUCGUAUCGGGGAAUAUCUCGCCGCUUGCGACCACUUACGAUAAGAAUACCUCUUCAGAGAGUACUGGCUUAUCAGGAGGGAGGUGCCUCGCAGCACUUGAGCGUUUGGAUCGUGCCCUUAAAAGCAAACGGAGUAGCCUUUCCGCGGUUUCGUCAACAGUGGCCGUCAGAGAAACCCGAUCGCUUCCCACAUACAACAAUGCGACCUAUGUUACCGAGACCUCUAUCAUUUUGGCUCCAGGUCGAAAGACUCACAGACUGAAGUAUUAGGUCGCCUGCAUAUGGCGUUCUCAUGAAACAGCUGCUGCCCCUGGUGAGAAGUACACCUUUUGUGGCGCUAACGAAGACCCCAUGUGAAGAAAUAUCUACGUCUGGUGAUACUCAUGCAACAGUUACAUUCUCUCUUUCAAAGCUGCAGUUUUUCAGAGACCUGCUGCUGCCAGGUUGUUCAGCUUUCCUUUUUCUGCGACCGUAUGGACUCCGUGUGUAUUUCAGCGCAUGGUUUGAUAUUUAAAGUGUUCCACAAUCCAGAGGUCCAGAGCAUCCAGGACUUGGUCAAUCCACAUGUAUGAUAGAUACAUCACUGUUGCUACCGGGUAGUCGUAUCUGGGUUGACAAUGAAAGAAAAAUCAGGGGUUCACCAUCUUGUACUUUGUUUGACUUCAGGUUACAAGACUACCUAGUUUACGAGUUCAAAAAACAAAAAGGUCAUAUGCUC